AUGGCCAUCUCUCUAUUAGAUGCUCUCUACAUCCCUUUUACAAGCGCUCUAUUGGGUGUAUUGUUCCUUACAUCUAUCUCCCCACUCGAAUUUGAGCGCUAUAUGUUUCAUUAUUUGACCUUCUACACAUUCAUAUUCUUAGGGCGCGUUUGCGUUUACGGGUUCGGCCCCGGGCGAAGCUUUGUGACUGCCUUUGCGCAGACAUCUCUCGUUGCUUUAAGUUUCAAUGUCAGCCUCUUCGUUAGCAUUGCUGUCUACCGAUUAUUUGGUCACCGAUGCCGCAAGUUUCCCGGGCCUGUCCUUGCCAGAUUGACGCGAUUCUACGUUGCGUACCUGAACGCGAAGGGAUACCAAUUCUACAAGGAGUUGGGCGAGCUGCAUGAGCGAUAUGGAGACAUUGUUCGGACAGGCAAAUCUAACGUCCGGCGCUAUUGGCCUCGAGAAAUCAGUAUUCUCGACAAAGCAGCCAUCCCAGCGAUCUAUGGGCCGAACACAGAAUGUAGGAAGUCGACUUGGUACGGCCAAAGUGGGAACGAUCCCAACAAGGUUUCGAUCAACAUGACCCGCGAUACGAAGCAGUACAGGCUUCGGCGUCGCGCAUGGGAUCGAGGUUUCUCAACUAAAGCACUUGCAUCGUACCAGCCACGCGUCAAGUCGAAAGCCGAUGUUUUGAUCAGACAGCUGUAUGGGAGCACCGGAAGUUCAGUCGAUAUCACGAAGUGGUCGAUGCUAUUCGCCUUCGAUAUUAUGGGCGAAGUCGGCUUUGGUAAAGACUUCAACAGUCUCGCCAGCGGACAAGAGCAUCCCGCUAUCAAAGGUAUCCAUGAACAUAUCGCUGUUCUCGGCGUCCUUCAGACCGUCCCGUGGUUUCUGAACCUGCUCGGGACCAUUCCAGGGGCAGCUGCAAGCUUCUCCGAGUUCUUCAGCGUGUGCGAGAAGGAACUGGAGGAGAAGGAAAGAACGUGGAAUAGCGAGAAGGAGCCGCAAGACAUCGUGUCAUGGCUGCUGAAGGCGAUCAAGGAUAAGGACGUCUCUGCCUCGCCAACGCGCGAAUCAUUGACCGAUGAUUCUCGUGUUGUAAUUAUCGCUGGAAGCGACACCACCGCCAACACGCUCGCAAACGUGCUCUUUUAUCUCGCCAAGCAUCCCGCUGUCCAAAGAAAGCUCCGCAACCUCGUCGACACCGCCAUUCCAGAAGGAUACACCACAUGGAACUACGAGAAGAUCAAGACGAUAACCUACAUAGACGACAUUAUUAAUGAGACCCUGCGCCUCAAGCCUCCAAUCAUCCAAGGUGGAUCCCGAGAAACGCCCGAUUCAGGCAUCCGAAUUGGCGACACGUACAUUCCAGGCAACGUUAACGUGUCUGUUCCGUACCUCCUCAUCCAGCGCGAUCCAAGGUGGUGGAAGCAUCCAAAUGACUUUAUACCCGAGCGAUUCGGAGAAAGAAGGACGGAGAUGGGGACGGAUGACGCGCCAUUUUUCCCGUUCCAGCUCGGAAUGCAUGCGUGUGCAGGCAAGAACCUGGCGUUUCUGAGCCUGCGGACUGCUGUGUCUGCGAUCGUUCAAAAUUUUGUUGUCGAUUUUGCACCUGGAGAGACUGGGGAAGAGUUUGACGAGCGCUUUCGGGAUACGUUCCUCAUGACGCUUCUCCCGCUGCAGUUGCAGUUCACACCUAGAGCCGAGGUGCACGCCAACAUAGAUAGCUAG